AAGGCCAAAGACCGCGGUGCCCAGGGUCCGCGAGGCUCGGCAGCCCGGAGCGCGCACGUGACUCCCCUCUGCUCCCCUGACGGCACCGCCCCGGACUCCCCAGGCAAGAGUGACCCCGGCUGCUCAGGACCCCUCAGCAGCAGAUCCAACCAUGGCCUCUUGGGUUUUGAAGUUGCUUCCUCGGAAUGGCCGUUCCUUGGCCACAUCAACAGUGAAACAGGGCAGUGAAGAUUAUCACCGUCACUUGGAAGCCUAUGGGUACUUUUUGCCCAUCCAGACAAGAUGGCAGGACAACGACCAGUAUUGCCAUGUGAACAAUGUUGUGUACUACAGCUACUUUGAUACUAUCAUCAACCACUACCUGAUCAGGUACUGUGGCCUGAAAACCAGCUUGCUGACAUCGUCACUGGUGGGGCUCAUGGCCACCAAUCAGUGCAACUUCCACUCCCCCAUCAGCUUUCCCCAGAUUCCAGUGGCCGCACUGGCUGUGGAGAAAGUGGGCCGCUCCAGUGUGCAUUACCGUUUGGCUCUGUUCCCACCCAAGUCCGCCCCAGCGCAACCUGUAGUGGAGCACCAGGACCUCACCGACGGCUUUUUCUCUGGACACCCCAAACUGGCACAGUUUGACACUUCCGCCUGUGCCACAGGAUCUGCAGUCCAUGUGUUUGUGAGUCCAGCCACGAACAAGCCUGUGGGGCUUCCAGAUGAUUUCCGGAGGGGCCUCCUAAGGCUGAAAACUCCCACUGCUGUGUAAAUGGUUUGUACAUGGAAGUGUACCUGUCAGAAUAUAAGUUCUCUUAACAAGUUCCUUUGGACUCCUCAGCAUGAUUUUUUAACUCAUAAAAUGAUUGGAUGUUCCAUACAUGUUUUCCUAACCACUGUCAAGCAUCUUCCUGCAUCAGGUUUUGAGCAAAGGGCCUCCCACACUGGGCCUCACAGAGUCCCACAGACCCCAGAGAGGUGAGGAAUGCUCUCACCUCUUUUCAAAUGAAGAGGUAAAGGAAAUGGAUGGCGUGGAUGAAACUACCCUGUAGUCACUGGAGUAUCUCUGAGUUUUUUUUUUUUUUUUUUGAUGUGCAUGCUACACCCUCUUGAUCUUAUUAACUUAGUUAAGAGCAGGGCUACAAGCAUCCUGUGGUUUGGGAUCACUAAUUUGAUAGGAUUCCAUAAAUAUCCUCUGCUUAUGACAGUGAAUCACACCAUCACCUUUUUUUCUUUAACAACCUAGACUUGUAUGAUGAAAAUCCACUUUUCAUGCAUUCAAAACAAACCACUGACAAUUUUCUGAUGAAUCCAGGGCCUUUAUUAGUCACUAGUGUCAUGGGUUGAAGAUUGAAAGUAACUAUGAUUAAAUGAAACUUUUGAUGCAGAGACAAGUCCUUAACUUUGAUCCACACUUUCGUAUCUAUAACAUUAAUGGUCAUUAUUGACCAAGCACUGACUAUCUAAAUUAAGGAUUAAGUUAGUGUAACCUUUAUGCUCUUCCCUCGGUAACUGUUAUGUUGCCACUAUUCAGAUGAGCAUGUUAAGGUGUAUGGAAGUGGGGAAAUGAGAGCUAGCCACAUCUGGGCCUCAAUGUUGUUCUCUGAACACACGAUCCUAAAUGACCUCUUCUAUUUGGAUCCCUGAACGUUAUUUGAAUGUAUGGAGCCCUUAGAUCUGUGUUUCAGUUGCA